GCUCCUAAUUUUUGAUUAGAGGCAAUGUCACCGUUAGGAAUCAAAAGAGGUUUGCCCGCUACCUACGCCAACAUUGGUGGUGAGAAAGUGAACAAGUGGAGCUGGCGUUGAAGUUCAGAAAAACAAACUCAUCUGAAGGGAACAACAGUCAAACACGAAGGGUGGAAAACUUGUUGGGAGUCGUGGAUUGUGGGUUUUUGGGUUUUAGGUAUUCAAGCCGGCAACUACAGUAUAAUACUGAUGAUAUUGGGAUUUGAAUUGAAGGAUGGGUCAUCGUUGUUCCUGGAUUGCAUCAAUGAAUUUCAAGAAUUCCACCGCCUUUUCUUCUUCUGGAUCAACUUCUUCAUCCGAUGACAGGUCGGAGGUUCAAGUUCGCGAUUCGUGUACACAGACUACUCAAUGUUCCUCCUUUUCUUCUUCCCCUUCCCAGCUAAGUAUAGGUUUUAGGGAAAGAGCGUUUUCUGCUGCGGGCGCUGCUUUUCUAUCCGCCAUCAUCGUAAAUCCCCUCGAUGUUGUUAAGACGAGGCUGCAAGCCCAGGCGGCAGAGGCGCCGUCUUAUUCACAUUAUCACCAGAGUAUCAGAGCGCGUAUGCUAACUCUUGGCGUAGACCCGAUUUUUGCUGAGAUGAAGUGUCCUCCAGUUUGUCCUCGGUUUGGAUCAACUCCAUUAUGUCCACCUAGUUGUUUUCAGUAUAAAGGUGCUCUGGAUGUCUUCUACAAGAUUAUUCGACAGGAGGGAUUCUUUCGCCUGUGGAGAGGUACCAAUGCAGGUUUAGCACUAGCAGUACCUACGGUGGGGAUAUAUUUACCGUGUUACGACAUUUUUCGAGACUGGCUUGAGAGCUUUUCAAGUGCAAAUGCACCCCAAUUGAUGCCAUAUGCUCCAUUAGUUGCAGGAUCAAUGGCAAGGUCAUUGGCAUGCAUUACCUGUUCUCCAAUUGAGCUAGCAAGAACACGAAUGCAGGCACAGAAAGGAAUUCCAAUGGGAGUGAAGCCUCCAGGCAUGUGGAAGACCAUGCUGAGUGUGCUGUCACCUAUGAAAAGUGAACCAACUCUAGGAAACUUUCAAGGAUUGCGGGUGUUAUGGACUGGAGUUGGAGCUCAGCUAGCUCGUGAUGUGCCAUUCUCUGCCAUUUGCUGGGCAACUCUUGAGCCAGUUAGGCGACAUAUUCUUGGACUUAUAGGUGACGAUGCAACUGCAGUUAAUGUUUUUGGAGCCAACUUUUCAGCUGGUUUCAUAGCAGGAAGUAUAGCUGCUGCUGCCACCUGUCCUCUGGAUGUUGCAAAAACUCGUAGACAAAUAGAGAAAGAUCCAAUGAAAGCAAUGAAAACUACCACAAAACAGACUUUGGUGAAUGUUUGGAGGGAUGGUGGAUUGCGGGGACUAUUUAUGGGUGUAGGACCACGUGUUGGGCGUGCAGGCCCCUCUGUUGGGAUUGUAGUUUCAUUUUAUGAAGUUGUAAAGUACUUGCUACACCAAACACAAGCAACCUCUUGAUACGGCUUAACUAAGGAGUUGAGAAACCAGAUCUUUCAAGCAUGCGGAGUUGAGAUGGCUUAUUACAGGGCUGCUAGCAAGAUCAGUAAGCUGGUUUGCAAGGGAUGCAAAUAAAUCUUUCUAGAUCAUGGCAAAUCUCUUGUGGGUUUCAGCACACAUUAGAAUCUUCUUUUAGUCAAGAGUAAUGUGAAUUUUUGACACAAGGUAACCAGGCAAAUGCAAAUUGUCCCUUGGCUCAUCAUCAUUUUUUCAAACGGAGGCUUCUUUGUUCAAUGAAUCUGAGAGAUCAAAUAAAUGUCUCAUGUCGGAGGUCACACUGCUGGACAUACUGUCGGCUCUUCAGUCAAAAAUUCAAAGUUCUUGUUUAUAUCGGGUCUCAAUAGGGCAAAGUUGCACAUGGAAACAUUUUAAUUAGUUUUGACUCAUGACAGGGGAUGUUAGAAGCUUCCUCUGUAUUUGUUUUUUUCUCAUAUAAGGAGCAAAUGGUAUUUUCCCUAUA